UGUACAUCUGCAGUUAUCGCACAAAUACCAUGACCAUGGGAAGGAUCAUCUUCUAUGAGGACCGCAACUUCCAGGGUCGCUCCUACGAGACCAGUAGCGACUGCCCUGAGUUAACCACCUACCUAAGCAGGUGCAACUCCUGCCGAGUGGAGAGCGGCCUCUUCAUGGUUUACGAAAAGCCCAACUUUAAGGGUCACCAGGUGCUGGUCAGAAGGGGCGAGUAUCCGGACAGUCAGCGUCUGAUGGGUGUCAAUAUGAGUGACUGCAUCAGAUCUUCUCGGAUGAUCCCUUUGCACAGAGGACCGUUCCGAGUGAGGAUCUACGAGAAGGAGAACUUUAGUGGCCAGAUGCACGAGUUGACCGAUGACUGCGACAACGUGGACCGUCUGCGCAUGUCCGACUGUCAGUCCUGCAAUGUGAUGGAGGGCCAUUGGCUGAUGUUCGAGCAGCCCAACUUCCGGGGAAGGAUGCUGUACCUGAAGCCCGGCGAGCACCGCAACCUCCGCGAGUUGGGAGCCAGCAACAUCCUCAGACUGAGUUCCAUCCGACGCAUCAUGGACUCCUGUUAGCUUCUUCUCUCAUUUGUUGAAUAA